AUGACCUCUUUACUGUCGCAAAAAUAAAAUUUACUUCUCUUGUAAUAAUAUCUCGCUGUUUGUUAGUAUCUUACAAGCUAUUCAUCAGAAAUACUGCAAAAGUCUGACCACAAGAAAUGACAUCAGAAUCAUGGAGUUUUUUUCGUGGUGUUACUUACUUAUUUCGUAUGGAAAAUGAUGAAGAUGAAUGGAGCUAUGAUGAAGAGCCACAUGUGUCAAGACGAAAAGAAAUUUUAUCAAAAUAUCCAGAAGUGAAAAAUCUUAUGGGACCAGAUAUUAAAUUGGCUUAUUUUAGUUCAUUUGAAGUAUUGUUACAAUUUAUUGUAGCUGUAUACAUAUCAAUUUAUCAACCACCAUUCUUAAUAUGGUUAUUUUUAACAUAUGCAAUCAGUGGAACACUUAAUCAUUCACUUGGUUGUGCUAUACAUGAAGUUGGACAUAAUUUAGUAUUUGGGCAUAAAUAUGGUAAAGCAAAUCGUUUAUAUUCAAUAUUUAUUAAUUUACCAAUGGGUUUACCUAUUGCUAUAUCUUAUAGAAAAUAUCAUCAAACUCAUCAUAGAUGGUUAGGUCAUGAAAAUGGUGAUGCUGAUAUGCCAUUAAAUUUAGAAGUGAAAUUAUUCACUCAUCCAAUAAGUCGUUUUAUAUGGAUUAUUAUACAUCCAUUAUUUUAUGCAUUUCGUCCUUUUAUAAAACAUCCAUUACCAUUAACAUUAUGGGAAAUAAUUAAUUUUCUUAUUCAAAUUACAUUCGAUAUAAUAGUUUGGUAUUAUUUUGGAAUAUGGACAUUAUGUUAUUUCAUUAUUGGUACAUUACUUGGUUUAGGUUUACAUCCAUUAACUGGACAUUUUAUAAGUGAACAUUAUUUAUUUAUUGAUCAACAAGCAACACAUUCAUAUUAUGGUAUUGCCAAUUAUUUAAUGUAUAAUUUAGGUUAUCAUGUUGAACAUCAUGAUUUUCCAUAUAUUGCUUAUACAAAAUUACCUAAAUUAAAAGAGAUUGCUAGUGAAUAUUAUGAUCAUUUACCAUAUCAUACAUCAUUAUGUAAGGUUUUAUGGGAUUUUGUAUUUAAACCAAAUAAUGGUCCACAAGCUCAUUGUGUUACAUCACAAGAUUUAUCAAAACCAGAAAUAUAUAAUCAUCAACCAAUAUCAAGUAAUGGAUUAAAAUGUACUAGAGAACUUUUAAAAAUAUCCGAAUGUGAACAAUGUAAAAAAGAGAAAAUAAAAAAGAAAGAAUAAAUCAUAAUACCCAUUUGACUAUGAUUCACAAGUAUGUUUAGGUUGUUGUGUUUAGUUUGUUUACACGUCUAUAAUGAAGUAGGUUGUUUUUUUUUAGACUUUGUUACUGAUGUAGUUUGUAUAUAAAUAUGUUAAUUCUCAAUCAUUUGGAUGUUCAACAUUUAAUAUUGUUCUCUUCAAACCUUCAUUUCAACAAUAGAAUAAUGAUUACAUUAGGAUAGUAAGUAAAUAGGCAGCGAUAUGUAUAUAUAUAUAUAUAACCAUUACUAUACACAUAUCAUGAACUAAGAAAUGAUAGAGAUGAGGAAUUCAAUGAUCAAUGCAUUAUCAUAUAUUAGUUCAGUCAAAUGUAAAGAUCAUAUCAACUUUGAACUGUUUUGAACAAAGUAUACUUUACUUUCAUUCUGAUUACAGUGUUGAUUACUUUCAGUUAUCUUUUCUUUCUUUAGUUCAAUCUUCUUAACCUACCAUUCACAGAUAUUCCAUUUCUGAUUGAUGUUACACAUUACUUAUAUCUACAAAUAUAAGUUGCAUACAUUAUAUAUAUUACUUACUUACUCCUGUUACUCCCAAUGGUGCAUAGGUCACCGACCACCAUUCUCCAACCCACUCUGUCCUGACAUAUAUAACAUAUACAUAAGGAUAAACUCGCUUUCUUCUCCUCAGAUUUCUUUUUUUUUUAUUCAUUUCAUUACUCUGUUAUACUCAUUAUAAAUUAAUAUCAUUUAUCAAACUAUAUUGAUCAUCAGCAUUACUAUUUCAUAAUGACAUAUAAUUUCUAUUCUUUGUUUUCUUGUUUUGAUAUUCUGAACUAUUCAAUGUUCAAUGUGUGUAUUGUACGUUGAUUGAAAAUCGUUUUUAAAAAAAAACAAACUAUAUACUUAAAUGUAUGUG